CCAUCACCCCGCAAAAUAUUUUGCUAUCGAGUAGUUGGGAAAUCAAGAAAAUUUUGACGCAAGACGACGCUGGUGAAGUUUUUUCUUCCCCUGCUCUGAUUCCGGGCAUAUGGUUCUUUGGCGUUCCUCUCAAUAGACCUGCCGUUGGGUUUUCUCUGUUGGUUUCCCGUGUUUCGCUCUCCCCUCUUCGUCCCUCGCACUCGACUGUCACACUGCGUCAAACACGAUCCACGUCACCGACACCGGACGUUGACUCCAGAGUCCUUAUCAGCUGCCGCAUGAACUGAGCGCAACCAUGUCGGCAUUGGGAGCUGCUACUGCGCGAGCAGUCACUCGACGAGCAGCGUCCUCGUCUCUUCGUUCUCGAGCUCUCCGCCUUGCUAGGCCUUCAUACACCCCCCUCGCUGUACAGCAGACCUCUCCGCAACGAACAUAUUCCUCUCCCUCGGGAUCCUACCCCUCGACGAGGUCGACGGUGGUACAGUUGCUCAGUAAUAUUGGCUCCAAGAGGGAGGUUCAACAGUACCUGUCACACUUCAGCUCAGUUUCGUCCCAGCAAUUUGCCGUCAUCAAGGUCGGCGGUGCCAUCUUGACCGAGCAUCUGCAGACCUUGUCCUCUGCCCUUGCAUUCCUCAACCAUGUUGGGCUCUAUCCCGUUGUCGUCCAUGGUGCUGGGCCGCAGUUGAACAGGAUUCUGGAAGACUCGGGGGUCGAACCACACUUUGAGGAUGGAAUUAGAGUCACAGACCCCAAGACAUUAGGGAUCGCACGAGCACUGUUCCUUGAAGAGAACUUGCGGCUGGUGGAGGAAUUGGAGCGUCUAGGUGUCCGAGCCAGACCGAUCACUUCUGGGGUUUUUACCGCGGACUAUCUGGACAAGGAGAAAUACAACCUGGUGGGCAAGAUCAGACGUGUCGACAAGAGACCAAUCGAGGCUGCUAUCCAGGCGGGAUGCCUACCAAUCUUAACGUCCAUGGCCGAGACAUCAGACGGGCAGGUCUUGAACGUGAACGCGGAUGUCGCAGCCGGUGAGCUAGCUCGAGCACUUCAGCCAUUGAAGAUCGUCUACCUCUCCGAGAAGGGCGGUCUGUUCAACGGUGACACGAAGGAGAAGAUCUCUGCUAUCAAUCUGGAUGAGGAGUACGAUCACCUCAUGCAACAAUGGUGGGUUCGACACGGCACCAGGCUGAAGAUCAAGGAGAUGAAGGAGCUCCUCAUGGACCUGCCUCGCAGCUCGAGCGUUGCCAUCAUUCACCCGGCUGAUCUGCAGAAGGAAUUGUUCACGGACUCUGGCGCUGGUACUCUGAUCCGACGGGGCAACAAAGUCCAUGUCAACACCUCUAUCGACCAGUUCAAAGACAUCGAGAAGCUCAAGGAAGUCCUUAUCCGUGACCGGGCUGGACUUGAUGCCAAAGCCAUUGUGGACCGCUACAUCAAGUUCCUCCAGACGCGGGACUUCAAGGCUUACUUCGAUGAGCCGAUGGAGGCCUUUGCUCUUGUGUUGCCCCCAAGUAGAGAAACAACGCUGGCUCAGCUGGCUACCUUAACCAUCACGAGGAACGGCUGGCUCACGAACGUGGCAGACAAUAUCUUCGCCGCCAUCAGGAAAGAUUUCCCCAAGUUGAUGUGGACUGUCAAGGAGGAUGAUGAGAACUUGACCUGGUUCUUCGACAAGGCUGACGGUAGUCUCUCCAAAGAUGGCGAGGUCCUCUUUUGGUACGGUCUUGAGACUAGCGAUGAGGUUAAGGACCUUAUGGUUGAAUUCACAAAGCAUGGACGUCAGUUGUUCGGCGAUAUCAAUCUCGAGGCUAAGCUGCACCGUGCAGCUAGAGCGGCGUCCAGUGCAGCCAACUCUACUGCUCAAGGGAUGACCCAGAAGCGAACAUUCUCGACUUCGGCCAAUCCAUUGCGCUCAGCACGGCAAGCAAGAUUUGUCACCAAGCCAGCUCUUUCUAUCCGUACGUACUCCACGACCAACCCAAACCCGCCCCUUGGAUCCAAAAACAGCUCCAACAGCAAGCCCUCACGUAUAGCCCUUAUUGGAGCUCGAGGCUACACCGGUAAAGCCCUCAUCGACCUUCUCAACCGCCAUCCGCACAUGGAUCUGCGCCAUGUAUCAUCACGAGAGCUUGCUGGCAGGAAGCUUGAAGGCUAUGACAAACGAGAAAUCAUCUACGAAAAUCUGACUGUCGAAGAUGUCCGACAAAUGGAAGAGAACGAAGACGUAGACUGCUGGGUGAUGGCCCUGCCAAACGGCGUAUGCAAACCGUUUGUUGAUGCCAUUGAUCAGGUUGGCAAAAACAGUGUCAUUAUUGAUCUCAGCGCCGACUACAGAUUCGAUCCAAACUGGACUUACGGUCUUCCGGAACUGGUUGACCGAUCCGCUAUCGCAAGGGCCACAAGAAUCUCGAACCCAGGCUGUUAUGCUACAGCCGCUCAGCUCGGCAUUGCACCUCUCGUGCCGUAUUUGGGUGGUCAGCCAACGGUAUUCGGCGUCUCGGGGUAUUCAGGUGCAGGCACCAAACCCUCUCCGAAGAACGACGUCAACAAUCUUACCGACAACAUCGUUCCUUACAGUCUAACAGACCAUAUCCACGAACGAGAGAUCUCAACCCAACUUGGCGCGCCGGUGGCAUUCAUUCCCCAUGUCGCUGUGUGGUUCCAGGGCAUUCACCACACCAUCAACAUUCCCUUGAACCAGGAAAUGAAGUCUCGCGACAUCAGAACACUUUAUCAAGACCGCUAUGCCGGAGAGAAAUUGUUGAAGGUCAUUGGUGAGGCGCCCCUUGUGAAGAAUAUCGCCAAAAAGCAUGGCGUGGAAGUUGGUGGGUUUGCCGUGCACAGCAGUGGAAAGAGGGUGGUGGUUUGUGCAACGAUCGAUAAUCUUUUGAAAGGAGCGGCAACGCAGUGUCUUCAAAACAUGAACUUGGCUCUGGGCUAUGGGGAGUACGAGGGUAUUCCCCUCGAGUAGAAAGGGAGCUAGAUUAGAGUAUAUGAAGGCGCCGACGGCAAGAUACAAUACCCCAAAAAGCAUUCGAAUAAAAGUUCCGGCUUAAUAAUACGAGAUCUAUCUGUGAGCAAUGUUGUUUCUUUGGUCAUGGACGCCCCUUUCCUCCACCGCUUCUCUCCAUGGGCGACGCGAAAGUCAACGGCGGAGAUACGGGACGAGAGACUCGAGCUCCUCUCCAACAAACACCGUUGUUAUGUCUUCUCAGCAUUUGGUACAAUCUAUGAUUUCGAGUCCAGGGUGUGGGCCGGCAUGCAACAUGGCAGUUUGGUAAAGGCCGAGAAGAUUCGUGAAUGGGUAUUUGUACAGGUGUUGUCUGGUUUUGAUUCUCAAGGGAGACGUUGUAAAUGCGCUGAGAGGAGGGCCAGGGUUCCACAACGGUAAAGGGAAGAAGAGAAACGUCCAUGACUAUGGCCAAAUUUGCCUGUCAACUUCCUGAGUUUUCACAUUCCCUUUUUGUCAUUUUCCUGGGAGUGGCGAUGAGAUUGGGAUGACAAAGGUCUGGCAGAGUGGCCUGAGUUUGAUGCUCGUGGCGUCCUCCUGCUGGAAUUCACUGUCUGUCUUCAAUUCACUUUCAACUCGAC